GCAGUCAUUUAUGCACUUCCAUUACUUGUUACUCGGGCAACAAUAAAUGUUGGGGGACACUUGCUAAAUGCAAUAACUAUAGAACAUUUCAUCUUGAGAUUGCCUUACCGCUCAAAAUAUACAUUUGUAAAGGGUGCAAAAAACGAUGAGAAGACUAGGAGAAGCAUAUUUGGUUUGGAGUUUUCUGAACCCUUGGUGACAUUUGCCCUAUGCUGUGGAAGCUGGUCCUCCCCUGCUGUGAGGGUGUACACAGCAUCUCAGGUUGAGAAAGAACUGGAAGUGGCUAAAAGGGAGUACUUACAGGCUGCAGUUGGAAUUUCAACUACCAAGUUUGCAAUCCCAAAGCUUUUGGAUUGGUAUUUGCUCGACUUUGCAAAGGAUUUGGAAUCGUUGCUUGAUUGGAUCUGUCUUCAGUUACCAAGUGAACUUGCCUAAGAAGCAAUUGGGUGUAUUGAGAGAGGCAAAAAGGAACCUCUUUCACAGUUUGUCCAAAUUAUUCCAUACGAGUUUAGUUUUAGGUACCUUUUAUACUCGCAAUAAACUUUGCAAUUUUCUUGUAUACACAGCUAUAGAAUGCAUAAGAAAGGUAGUUUGUAUAUGAUACCUUGUAAGUAUUCAUGAGAUGAAUGGUGUCUUCACCUUGAGGUUCAGCAUGUACUAUGCUUUGAAAAGAGUUUCAAAUAAAAAGGAAAUUGAUUGGGUCCAAA